AUGUCCUCUUCGUCUCCGAAUAGCGACAGAGCAAGUUCAGUAGGAGUUACUGAACCAGUGGCUUCCGAUGUGGAAGAAAAUCGUCCUAAGUCCAAGCUAUCAGAAGGUGAAGCAGAUUUAUAUUUGGACCAAUACAAUUUCACAACUACAGCUGCCAUUGUUGGCUCAGUAGACCGCAAGAUAUUCGUACUAUUGCGCGAUGGCCGUAUGUUCUUCGGUGUACUAAGGACGUUUGAUCAAUAUGCCAACUUAAUACUACAGCAUACGGUGGAAAGAAUAUAUAUCGAGGGUGAGAAUAAAUAUGGUGAAUGUGACAGAGGAGUUUUCAUGAUAAGAGGUGAAAACGUUGUUAUGUUGGGCGAAGUAGACAUCGAUAAGGAGGAUGCACCAUUGGAAUCGAUGGAACGUGUUCCAUUUGAGGAAGCUGAAAGCUAUAAGGAGAAAAUGGACGAGGUGAAAUACAAGGAGAACACUGCUAAGGGUAAGAGACUAGCGCAGCUUGGUUUAACUACCGAUUUCAAUAAAGGUGAUUUGUAUUAA